CUUCCCUUCUUACAAAGGCGCCUUUCCAGUCUUUCAUCAAGUGUGAUGGCUUCAGCUGCUGCGGUGGAUACUAUGCCCGAUGCAUUGAGGCAGAGCCGGUACCAUAUGAAGAGAUGUUUCACUAGGUUUACUGAAAAGGGAAGAAGGCUGAUGAAGCUCCAGCAUUUGCAGGAGGAGAUAGAGCAGACCAUUGAGGAUAAGGCGGAAAGAUCCAAAGUUAUGGAGGGUACACUUGGUGAUAUCUUGAACUCGACGCAGGAAGCAGCAGUCGUGCCACCAUAUGUUGCCUUUGCAGUAAGGCAUAAUCCUGGUAUCUGGGACUAUGUGAAGGUGGAAGCUGACAGCCUUUCUGUCGAAAUAAUCACAUCAACAGAUUAUUUGAAGUUCAAAGAAAUGAUAUAUGAUGAGAACUGGGCAAAUGAUGAAAAUUCUCUAGAGAUAGAUUUUGGAGUAUUUGAUAUUAGCACUCCAAAAUUGACUCUAUCAUCUUCAAUCGGAAAUGGGCUUGGCUAUGUCUCUAAAUUCAUGACUUCGGUGCUUGGUGGGAAACCUGAGAGCGCAAAGCCUUUGGUUGAUUACCUGUUAACUCUUGAACGAAAUGGAGAGAAGCUUAUGAUCAAUGACACUAUUGAUACUGUUAUGAAGCUUCAAGAGGCAUUGGUAAUCGCAGAAGUUUUUGUAUCUGCUAUGCCUAAGGACACUCCAUACCAGAAUUUUGAGCAGAAGCUUAAAGAAUGGGGAUUUGAGAAGGGGUGGGGAGAUAAUGCAGAAAGAACUAGGCAAACAAUGAGGAUACUUUCAGAGAUAAUGCAAGCACCUGAUCCUGCAAACAUGGAAGCAUUUUUCAGUAGGCUUCCGGUCAUAUACAAUGUUGUUGUCUUUUCUAUUCAUGGAUACUUUGGACAAGCAGAUGUCUUAGGCUUACCUGACACUGGUGGCCAGGUGGUUUACAUCCUUGAUCAAGUGAGAGCUAUGGAGGAAGAAAUGUUGCUAAGAAUAAAGCAGCAAGGUUUGAAUGUCAAGCCCCAGAUUUUAGUGGUCACUCGUCUAAUCCCGGACGCAAAAGGAAACAAAUGCAAUCAAGAAAUGGAGCUUAUUGAGGGCACAACACACUCCCACAUCCUCAGGGUUCCAUUCAUUACUGAGAAAGGAGUUCUUGGACCAUGGGUGUCUAGAUUUGACAUUUAUCCUUACCUGGAGAGAUAUGCUCAGGAUGCAUCGGAAAAGAUUGUUGAGCUAAUAGAAGGAAAGCCUGACCUUAUAAUUGGAAACUACACAGAUGGAAACUUAGUUGCUUCUUUAGUGGCUAGCAAGCUUGGAGUGACUCAGGGAACGAUUGCUCAUGCUUUAGAGAAGACAAAAUAUGAAGAUUCAGAUGUCAACUGGAGGGACUUAGACUCAAAAUAUCACUUCUCCUGCCAGUUCACUGCUGAUCUCAUAGCAAUGAAUGCUGCAGACUUCAUAAUCACAAGCACAUAUCAAGAAAUUGCAGGAAGCAAGAACCGGGCAGGGCAAUACGAAAGCCAUGUUUCGUUCACAAUGCCAGGGCUUUAUAGGGCAGUUUCAGGCAUUGAUGUAUUCGAUCCCAAGUUCAACAUUGCCUCCCCGGGAGCCGAUCAAUCUGUCUACUUCCCGUCCUCUGAGAAACAGAAGAGAUUCACGAAAUUCCAACCUGCCAUCGAGGAACUGGUCUACAGCAAGGUGGAAAACGACGAGCACAUAGGAUAUCUUGCAGACAGAAAGAAACCAAUCAUCUUCUCAAUGGCAAGGCUAGACAUUGUCAAGAACAUUGCAGGACUAACUGAGUGGUAUGGCAAGAACAAGAGGCUCAGAAACUUGGUAAACCUUGUCAUUGUAGGUGGAUUCUUCGAUCCAUCCAAGUCAAAGGACAGGGAAGAAAUGGCAGAAAUCAAGAAGAUGCAUGCCCUCAUUCAGAAAUACCAACUCAAGGGCCAGCUAAGAUGGAUAGUAGCUCAAACUGACAGAUACCGCAAUGGUGAGCUAUACCGUUGCAUUGCAGACACGAAGGGAGCUUUCGUGCAGCCUGCAUUGUACGAAGCAUUCGGCCUGACAGUGAUCGAAGCCAUGAACAGCGGACUGCCCACAUUUGCAACCAAUCAAGGAGGGCCAGCAGAGAUCAUAGUUGAUGGGGUCUCAGGCUUCCACAUCGAUCCCAACAACGGAGAUGAGUCCAGCAACAAGAUAGCUGAUUUCUUCGAGAAAUGCAAAGCGGAUAGCAGAUACUGGAACAGAAUGUCUCACGGUGGCCUCAGACGAAUUAAUGAAUGCUAUACAUGGAAGAUCUAUGCAAACAAAGUUCUCAACAUGGGAUCAGCCUAUGGAUUCUGGAAACAGCUCAUCAAAGACCAAAAACAAGCGAAGCAACGAUACAUUGACAUUUUUUACAAUCUCCAGUUCAGGAAAUUGGCCAAAAAUUUGCUGAUCAGCGAAGAAACCAAACCGGCAACUUCAUCGAAAACUCCAACACCCAAACCGGCGGCGCCAAAACCAGAACCGGAGCCACUAGCUCCAAAGCCCAAACCGGAGGAUGAAGACACAACGUCGACGGCGAUUGAGAAGUUGGGAAAUUCGAGAGCAUCACCAUGCGCUUGCCACUGGUUUUGCCUGUGCAUCUCUUCCGCCAUUGUUAUGUAUGCUUUGUUCAAGAUGUAUUCGAUGAUCAAAUGAUUAAGCUGCGCUGCUGCCGCGGAUCUCACUUUCUCUCUUUCUUCUUCUUCUUGAAAUAAAUUGUUUCUGUAAUAAAAUUGAGGGAAGUAAUUAUGUAAUUUUGUUUCUUUGAAAUAAAGCUGGAGGGAAAAUAUGGUUGAUUUCAUUUUUA